AUGAACACGUCUACGCCGGGCCGACCGUUGACGGCUGCCAGGACGCCGGCUACGAGCAGCCGCGGACGGCGAGGCUCUCAGGGCUACAAUGCGUCGGGAACGUCGGUGCGCACGCCGACGAUGACGAUGACGAUGGGAAGCGCAGAGAGCAAUGCUGCAGCUGCUGGGCGGCGGACGCCGGGCACGGGCCAACAGUUGCAGGCGUCGGCAGCGCGGACACCGCACGCGCGAGCGGCUCUGCUGGCGCUAGAUACGCGGCGGGCAGCCAUGUUUACGCCGGGUGGCCGCCAGAGCCGUCGAAAGAGCGGCCGAUAUCUGCGCGAGUCGCCGCGCGAUCUGCUGCGCAACCUCAGCCGGCGGCUGGCCCCAAUAUCCCAGCCGGUGGCCACGUCAUCGUCGCCGGCCUUUAGCAGCAGCGGCGGCAGCUCCGGCCCGAAGAGCCGCUUGAGCAGUCUGAGCAGUGUCCUGGAAGACCGGGUGGGCAACUUCUCAGUGACCGGGAUCUAUGACGACGAUGACGAUGAUGAUGAUGCCGACUCCCUCCCGCUCGAUCGCCCGCGCAUGUCGCUCCCUAUCGAGGACGACGACAACGACGACGACCUGCGGCCGCACCGGUCGCAAAUCCUGGACGACGAGGAGAACUUUACGAUGCGGUCAAUCGAGCUCGCCCGCCGCACGGCUAACCUCGAGCAGCUGCAACAGGCCCGGCGCUUCUCUAGGGGCAGCCUGGGUCGCAGCAGCAUCGGAAGCCUGGGCAUGAGCGACUACAUCGACGGCUUCAUCGGCAGCGCUGACGGCGACGAUGACCGAGACGAGCGUCUGCAGUCGGCCUUUUUUGCGGACGGGGCGUUUGACAAUCUGGCCGUCGAGCAGCCGGGCGAGGACAUUACGUUUGAACGACUGGACUCGGAGAGCGGACAGCAGAUGGACGCCUUUGAUGGUCGCGAGAGCGGCUUUGGGGUCAUUGAUGUGCCACUAAAUGGAGACGAAACGACCUUUCUGUUGGGCCCGCAAGGUGGUGCCGAUCAGCCGAUGGCAGACGAAACUGCAGGACCGGCCUAUUCGGACGGUGGAGACGACGGAGGACCGGCAGAUGCCGACGUGGGUACUCCCUUUGAUGACUACGGCGCUGGAGACGACAAUGGCGGAGGAUGGCCGGACUCGCCGGAGAUCGAUAUCGAGGAAGAGGACGCUGGGGAGGAUGCAGCGGUCACGACUGCUCUUGCUUCCAUAGAAGCAGCCUCCCAGUCUAAGCUGCUCGCUCGCGAUGCCCAGAACAAGGAUGCACGAGCUAUCAAACGGGCCAGACUGUCACGACACGGAAUCGAGUAUCCGUCGCUGCCGGUGGGCGUGGUGAAGCGCAUUGGCCAGAUGUUUGCCCAGGGCAGUGCAGCCGGCAAGACAAAGCUCAGCCCAGACACGGUGGCUGCCCUGACCACGGCCUCGGACUGGUUCUUUGAGCAAGUUGGCGUCGACCUGGAGAGAUACUCCAAGCAUGCCGGCCGCAAGACAAUCGACGAGAGCGACAUGCUUCUAUUGAUGAAGAGACAGCGACAAGUCAGCGCAACAACAACGCCCUUCUCGCUCGCCCAGCGCUAUAUGCCGCGUGAGCUUCUGCAAGAGCUGCGCAUGAUACCAGAGGCACCCGUCGGCAAGAGUCGACAGAAGCGGCGGCCGCGGGUGUCGUCGGCCGUCCGGAAGGCGGACACAGGGACGGACGAGAACGUGACUUGA